CCAGGCCCCCCGCCCUCCCUCCCUGUCUGCCGCCUGGAGUCACCAUGGGCAGUGUCAGCAGCCUCAUCUCAGGCCACAGCUUUCACAGCAAGCACUGCCGGGCCUCACAGUACAAGCUGCGCAAGUCCUCCCAGCUCAAGAAACUCAAUCGGUAUUCAGAUGGAUUGCUGAGAUUUGGCUUCUCCCAGGACUCAGGCCAUGGCAAGUCCAGCUCCAAAAUGGGCAAGAGUGAAGAUUUCUUCUACAUCAAGGUCAGCCAGAAGGCCCGGGGCUCCCACCGCCCAGAUUACACGGCACUCUCCAGUGGGGACCAGGCUGGGGUGGACUUUGACCCAUCCACACCACCCAAGCUCAUGCCCUUCCCCAAUCAGCUGGAAAUGGGCUCUGACAAGGGAGCAGUGAGGCCAACAGCCUUCAAGCCCGUGCUUCCGCGAUCUGGAGCCAUCCUCCAUUCUUCCCCCGAGAGUGUCAGCCACCAGCUGCACCCCAUACCUCCAGACAAACCCAAGGAGCAGGAGCUGAAGCCAGGCCUGUGCUCUGGAGCAUUGUCUGACUCCGGCCGAAACUCCAUGUCCAGCCUGCCCACGCACAGCACCAGCAGCAGCUACCAGCUGGAUCCACUGGUCACCCCCGUGGGGCCCACCAGUCGUUUUGGGGGCUCAGCCCACAACAUCACACAGGGCAUAGUCCUGCAGGACAGUAACAUGAUGAGCUUGAAGGCGCUUUCAUUUUCUGAUGGGGGAAACAAACUGGCCCACCCAGGCAAAGCAGACAAGGGCUCCUCGUGUGUGCGCGCCCCCCUCUCCACCGAUGAGUGCACCAUGCAGGAGCUGGAGCAGAAGCUGCUGCAGAGGGAGAGUAUGCUACAGAAAUUGCAGCGCAGCUUUGAUGAGAAGGAAUUCGCCUCUGGCCAAGUCUUUGAAGAGCGGCCACGGCAUGGUAGGGACGAGCUGGAGGGCAUGGAGCCCAAGAGCAGCAGCAAGCUGAAGCCAGCGUCACAGAAGAGCCAGCGUGCGCAGCAGAUGCUCCAUCUACAGGUGCUGCAGCUGCAGCAGGAGAAACGACAGCUGCGGCAGGAGCUCGAGAGCCUCAUGAAGGAGCAGGACCUGCUGGAGACCAAGCUCAGGUCCUACGAGCGUGAGAAGACCAGCUUCGCCCCUGCGCUGGAGGAAACCCAGUGGGAGGUGUGCCAGAAGUCAGGCGAGAUCUCUCUUCUCAAGCAGCAGCUCAAGGAGUCCCAGACGGAGGUGAAUGCCAAGGCCAGUGAGAUCCUCAGUCUGAAGGCACAGCUGAAGGACACCCGGGCCAAGCUGGAGAGCAUGGAUCUGAAGACACAGGACUUGGAGAGUGCCCUGCGCACCAAGGGCCUGGAGCUGGAGGUCUGUGAGAAUGAGCUGCAGCGCAAGAAGAACGAGGCAGAGCUGCUGCGAGAGAAAGUGAACCUGCUAGAGCAGGAGCUGCUGGAGCUGCGGGCCCAGGCUGCUCUGCAGCGGGAGAGUGUCUCCCUGGGGCCUCCAGGGGCUGGGCCUGCCUUCUCUGAGGACAUCCCUGCCCUGCAGCGGGAGCUGGAACGGCUGCGGGCUGAGCUGAAGGAGGAGCGGCAAGGCCACGACCAGAUGUCCUCGGGCUUCCAGCAUGAGAGGCUGGUGUGGAAGGAAGAGAAGGAGAAGGUUAUCCACUACCAGAAGCAACUGCAGCAGAGCUACCUGGCCAUGUACCAGCGCAACCAACGCCUGGAGAAGGCCCUGCAGCAGCUGACCCGUGGGGAUGGGCCUGGGGAGCCCUUUGAGAUUGACCUGGAAGGGGCUGACAUCCCCUAUGAGGACAUCAUUGCCACCGAGAUCUGAUAGGCUGUCUGGGGGAGGCAGGACUAGGGUCUGGGCACCAGGAGCAGGGGCUGGCCCUAUUCAAAGAGAGCUUCCCCUUCUUUCUCCU